CGCAAGACGCCAGCCUUGGGCUGAAAUGGGAGAACAUACUCCCCACCGGACGAGGCCGUUCACGACAGAGGUUCCCAGUUACUGAAGUUGCUUUGCUGCCCUGUUACUUUGAUAGCCGUUAGAGAAACCCUGAAUUCGAACACCCAAUAUGGAUCCACUCAGUAUCACCGCAAGCAUUAUUGCUGUCGUACAGCUCACCAGCGUUAUUAUCGGAUGUCUAAACGAUUUGAAAGACACAUCUAAGGAUCGUGCGCAAUGUGCAAUUGAAAUAUCAAACGUCUCUAAUCUACUCGUGACGCUAAUGUACCGCCUCGAUGAAGUGUCAUCUAAUGACGGCUGGUAUGGGGAGGUGCAAGCUCUUGCUGCUGCCAACGGACCUAUUGAUCAGUAUAGGUCUGCCCUUGAGCAACUGAAGUCAAAAUUUACGUCGUCCGCUUCUAGUAGAACAAAUAUUGGCGGUGUGCUCAGCUGGAAAUUUAGCAAAGAAGAGGUUGCCAACAUACUAAUGAGAAUUGAACGGCUUAAAUCGCUCACCCAAAUCGCACUGGAGAUGGAUCAUUUCAAAUUAUCUCAAGCAUUGAAGAUCGAUACCACUGUUAUCACAAAUACAGUCAGGUCACUACAGGAGAGUCAGGUCAGCGAACAAUAUCGCGUUAUUACGGACUGGCUAUCAUCAACCGAUUUCCCGGCUCAACAAUCCGACUUUAUUGGCAGAAGACAGGAAGGGACAGGCCAAUGGUUCGUUGUAUCUCCUGAGUUCACCAACUGGCUUCAAGGAACGAAGGAGGACCUAUUCUGCCCUGGCAUUCCUGGAGCUGGGAAGACAAUGAUCGCAGCGAUCGCCGUUGAUCAUAUAUGGAAAGCCUUUCAAGGUGACAACGUCGGUGUUGCCUACGUAUACUGCAAUUACAAAAGACGAGAAACGCAGACCACUACAGAUCUACUGGCUGCUAUUCUCAAACAGUUGGUGCAGGAGCGUCCAUUAUAUGGAAAACCAGUUACAGCUCUUCAUAUGCUUCAUACUGGCCGGAGGACACGUCCAUCGCUUGAUGAGAUCUGCACUGCACUCGACUCUGUUCUUAGCAAUUACUCUAAAGCGUAUAUCGUUAUCGAUGCUUUAGAUGAGUGCUCGGACAGCGACGGUACUCGCAGCGAACUUCUUGCUAUACUCCGCGGACUACAGGCCAAGACCGACACAAGGUUAAUGGUAACAUCUCGUUUUGUCUCUAGGAUUGAGCAAUUAUUUGAAGGAUCCCCAAUGUUGGAGAUUCGAGCUAGUGAGGCAGAUGUGAAGCGAUUCGUUGCCGGCCAGUUGCAUCGAUUGCCAAUGUGCGUCCAGCGCGAUCCUGAAUUACAGGCAGAAACACAAGACGGGAUCGUUCUAGCAGUAGAUGGCAUGUUUCUUCUUGCUCGCCUCCACGUAGAUUCUCUACGGGGUAAAACGACGAAAAAGGCAGUUAGAGCAACUCUCAAAAAGCUGCCUAGAGGCUCGACAGCACUGAACGAAGCAUACGAUGAAGCGAUUGAGAGGAUCGAAAGUCAACUACCUGAGGAAUCUGAGCUAGCAAAAACCGUGCUUUCUUGGAUUACCUACGCAAUGAGACAACUUACAACCAAGGAGCUUGCUCAUGCCCUUGCUGUCGAGGCAGGCGAGUCAGAACUCGACGAAGACAAUAUUCCAGAUAUUGAAGACGUAAUCUCCGUUUGUGCAGGCCUAGUUACAGUUGACGAGGAAAGCGACGUCAUUCGAUUAGUCCAUUACACUACUCAGGAGUACUUUGAGCGGGUGCGAGAAGUUUGGAAUCCUAAAGCCCAGGAAGAAAUCGCAUCAACAUGUUUAACCUACCUAUCCUUCCAGACUUUCAGCACUGGCCGUUGCACUAACGACGAAGACUUUGCGAGCAGGAUUAGGCAGAACCCCUUCGUAGACUACGCCGCUCGAUACUGGGGAACCCACGCCCUUACCGUCCAGCAAACAAUUAAAGAGCAAGCCCUACCAUUUCUCUCCAACAUGAAUCAACUUGCAUGCUCAGUCCAGUUUAUGUUUCUUCCAAAGAAUAGGUAUAAGGACUAUAGUCAAGACAUGGCAAUAUAUCUCACAGGUGUACACGUUGCUGCAGUCUUUGGAAUGACAUACUUGUUAAAAGAGCUAGUGCAUGGCGAUGGAGAUAAAAAAUGCGGGUGUGUAGAUGCACCAGACUCGCGUCGUCGGACGCCGCUAUGGCGGGCAGCAGAGAGUGGACAGGAUGCAGUCGUGGCGCUACUCGUUAAGAGGGGCGACGUCGUGACCGACUCAAGGGAUGUUCUGGGCCAGACACCGUUAUCAGCGGCAGCAGGGGCAGGGCAAGCAGCAAUUGUGGAGCUGCUUGCCGGACGAGAUGAUGUUGUAGCUGACUCAAGGGACAUUAACGGUUGGACGCCGCUGACGUGGGCAGCGGAACGUGGGCACGAGGCGGCCGUGAAGGUGCUUAUCGAGCGGGACGACGUUGUGGCUGACAUAUGUGGCAACGGCAAUAUGACGCCGCUAUUGUGGGCAGCAGACCGAGGGCAUGAGGCAGUUGUGAAACUGCUCGUUGAAAGGCAUGACGUCGUAGCUGACUCUAAAGACAGAGACGGCCGGACACCGCUAAUAAUGGCAGUGCGAGGCAAUCACGAGGCGGUUGUGAAGGUACUACUCGAGCGGGACGACGUUGCAGCUAACAUGAAGGAUAACUUUGGCCAGACGCCGCUAUCUUGGGCAGCGGCGUACGGGUACGAGACAAUCAUAGAGCUGCUCUUAAAGAAGGGUGACGUUGUAGUUGACUCGAAGGAUGAUGAAGGUCGGACGCCGCUAUUAAGGGCGGCGUGGAGAGGGCGUGAGGCAACUGUAAAGCUACUCCUUAUGAGACACGAUAUUGUAGCGGACUCAAAGGAUGAUGAAGGUCGGACGCCGCUGUCAAUGGCAGCAAGUAGUGGGCACGAGGCAGUUGUGAAGCUGCUCCUCGAGCGGGACGAUGUCGCAGUUAACUCAAAGGACAGCUACGGUGAGACGCCGCUAUUAAAGGCAGCGGCGAUGGGGCACGAGGCAGUCGUACAGCUACUUAUAGAUCAGGACAAUAUUGUAGCCGACCUAAAGGACCUUAGGGGCCAGACGCCACUAUCAUGGGCAGCAGAAAAUGGGCACGAGGCAGUUGUAAAGCUGCUCGUUGAACGGGACGACGUUGACCCCAACUCGAGGGAUAAUAACGGCUACACGCCACUAUGGUUAGCAGCUAGGAAUGUUGUGCCAUCAGUUGCGAACAACCACGAAGCAGUUGUAAAGCUGCUCCUUACGAGGAAAGACAUUGACCCUAACUCAAAGGAUAACGACGGCCGAACGCCACUAUCAAUAGCAGUAGAAAAAGGACACAGGGAGGUUGUACAGUUGUUCCUUGAGAGGAACGACGUUGACCCCAACUCGGAGGAUGAAGACGGCCAUGCGCCAUUAUGGUGGGCGGGAACAGCGGUGGCAGUGAGGGGAACGUGGGAAAAGAAAGAGAGAGAUAGGCUCGACGCAGUCGUGGAGCUACUCCUUAAAAGGGACGAUGUUAUAGUCGAUUCGAAAAACAACGAGGGUCGAACGCUAUUAUCAAUAGCAGCAGAGCAAGGGUUCGAGGCAGGAGUAAAGCUGCUCCUUGAGAGGGACAACGUCGACCCAAACUCGGAGGAUAACGACGGCCACACGCCGUUAUGGUGGGCAGGGAAGGAGAACGACGAUGACAAAUUGUUGCGAACGGCGGAGGAGAAUCGCGAAACUGUCGCAAAUCGCGAAGCAAUCGUAAAGCUGCUCAGCGACCGAAUAGCGGAUGAUAGGAAGAAGGCACGAACGGAGGAUCACAUCGAGAUUACUUCCUAGACAAGGACAAAUCACCAAUAUAUAGUCCAGCCAAGCUAGCUCUAGGAGCAAUAAAUAUGAC